AUGGCUCCAGAAUGCGGUGAGCAGUCACAGGAGUACAGGAGAACUCAGACGAGCAGCCCCGCGAAACGACCACGUAAAUGUCCCAGCGAGUUGUCACUAGCGUCGCCUCUCUCCGAUCUCCGUCUCGACGACGCCAGCGACGCCGCGCAGCCUUCGAAGACGCCGUGCUGUGACGCCGUGUUUCCGGAAUGCACGGCGCGCCUCGAUGAUUACUUCUCACUCUGCGACGAGCAAAUCGGCUCUGGUCAUUUCGGCGUCGUCCGUCGGUGCGUGAACAGGGCGACAGGCGAAGUGCUCGCGUGCAAGACGAUUCUUAAGGACCGGCUGCUGACGGAAUCAGCGAGAGAGGACGUGCGGCGCGAAGUGGCGAUAAUGCAGACCGUUGCGGGGCACCCGGGCGUGGUGCAGCUUCGAACAGUGUUCGAAGACGAAUCUGAGAUUCAUCUUAUCAUGGAAUUGUGCGAAGGCGGCGAAUUGUUCGAUGAAGUCACUCCCCCCCAGCUGUUCGCGAAAGUCGCGGAUUUCGGCCUCGCAGUGCAGAUCGAUCGGGAAACCAGGGCGUGCGGCAUUGCCGGUUCUCCAUUCUACAUCGCACCGGAAGUGCUGAGCGGCGAGUACGGGGUGGAGGCGGACGUGUGGUCGCUGGGCGUGGUGCUGUACGUGCUGCUGAGCGGCAGCCCGCCGUUUUGGGGCGCGGACGACAACGGCGUGUUCCGCGCCGUGCUGGAGGCGCCGCUGGACCUGACGAGCGGCGCGUGGGCGGGGGUGUCGGCGGAGGCCAAGGGGCUGCUCCGCUGCAUGCUGCACCGCGACCCGCGCCGACGCCCGUCCGCCGCCAAGCUGCUCUCCCACCCCUGGAUCCUCGUCCACGCCUUCGGCGGCCGCGUCGUGCGCAAGAUUGUGUCGCGGCAGGUCAUGGCGUCUGCUGUUGCGGGAUCAGCUGGAACGACUCAGAAGAACCAAGUGACUGGCGGAGCAGUGAGGGAGGACGGAGUCGCGAAUCUGCCUGUCUUGAAAAUGUCAGCAUAA